AUGGAGGUCGGCGAGGCGGGUGCGCAGCAAGGGCGGGCGCUGGCAGCUGCGGCGCCGGAGCAGUGGCGAGGCGCCGUGGAGGCCGCGCUGCCGGGCACGCCGGCGGGCGCCGCGUGGGCGCACGUCGCCAGCUUCUUCUCCGCUCACCGCUACCUCCCUGGCAUCGACGUGUGCGAGCGCGUCGUCACGGGAGCCGGCUGCGAGGAGGACGACGACGGCCGGCUGCCGAUCGCCCCCGGCUGCGUCCGGCACGUGGCCUCGAGCGCCGCGGGGCUGUGGGCGCGCGAGGAGCUGCUGGAGGCGGACCACGCCGCGCGGCGCCUCCGCUACGCCGUGGUCGACAGCAACAUGGGGUUCGGCCGCUACGUGGCCACGCUCCGCGUCCUGGGCCUCGACGGCGGCGAAGGCGGGUGCAUGAUCUCGUGGGCGUUCGAGUGCGACGCCGUGGAGGGCGAGGGGUGGAGCGAGGCGGCGCUCGUGGCGCGCCUCGGCGCCAGCGUCAAGGGCAUGGCCGAGAGGGUGCAGCAGCUCGCCGCGGUGCCUCAGUAG